AUGGGUGGUAACACGGAAUAUAUAGCAGGCCACGGCUACCUCUCUCUUGGCCAGGCUGUUCACGUUGCUCAAAACAGUGACGGAGGCGUUGACCAGCAACUCGCCCAAUUCCUUGAGAAACGCCUUGCCGUGGUCUGGUCAAAACUCAACGCUCAACCACAAUCCUACAUCCUCCCGCCAGACGAAUUUGCGCUCAUGAACUACUACCGCACACGAUUCGGAGAUAACGAAAUAGUUCGCAACGCUACUAAGAGAUUCUGGGACAAUCACAAAGGCGGCCAAUAA